AUGGAGAAGGAAUCAUACAAUGUUGAUGAGAAGCCUGGCCACAAUGGGAUAGGCGAACAUCAGGCAAAGACUGGACGUCUGGCAGAGGCUGCCGAUCUCUACGGAAAUGUCGAAGAAGCCGAACAACUUGGAUAUGUUUCCAGAGGACUCAAGUCAAGACACAUCCAGUUCAUUGCUCUCGGUGGAACCAUCGGUACCGGUCUUUUCCUGGGUAUCGGAGGUGCCCUUACUACUUCUGGUCCUCUCUCAAUCCUCCUCGGUUACACAUUUACUGGUAUUGCUAUCUUUGCUAUGAUGCAGUGCUUGGGUGAAAUGGCAACAUGGCUUCCUCUACCUGGAUCUAUCCCCCAGUUCUGUGCACGUUACGUUGACGAUGCUAUGGGUUUCGCAGUCGGAUGGAAUAACUGGUAUAACUCUGCCAUCACACUUUGUGCUGAAAUCUCGGCCGCCGCGAUUGUCAUCCAAUUCUGGGAAGGUGCACGAGACAUCAAUGUCGCCGCGUGGAUCUCAAUCAUCAUCGUCGUUGUCAUCUGCCUCAAUAUCUUUGCUGUCUCUAUCUAUGGAGAAGCCGAAUUCGUAUUUGCCAGUGUCAAAAUCAUCACAAUCGUUGGUCUCCUGAUAAUGGCAUUCAUUGUUGAUCUUGGCGGUGGCCCAAAGCAUGACCGUCUCGGAUUCCGAUUUUGGAAAAACCCAGGGGCCAUGAAAGAGUAUGAUUCAACGGGAGAUACCGGUCGAUUCUUGGGACUUUUCAACGUUCUUGUGAACGCUGCGUUCUCUUAUGGUGGUGUGGAACUUGUUGCAGUCGCCGCUGGAGAAGCCGAAAAUCCUCGCAAGAAUAUCCCCAAGGCUGUGCGUAGGGUCUUCUGGAGAAUUUUGUUUUUCUAUGUUUUGGGUUCAUUAGCAAUCGGUGUUCUUGUUUCUUCUUCUGAUGAGCAUCUGUUGAAGGCUCAGGAUGAAGGCGCCCCAGGAGCUGCCCGAUCACCAUGGGUCGUCGGUAUCACCAAUGCAGGCAUUCCAGUCCUUCCAUCUAUCAUCAACGCUGUUAUCUUGACGUCGGCCUCUUCAUCUGCCAACGCUUUCUUGUAUACUGGAUCACGUUAUCUGUUUGCCCUUGCCCAGAACCGACAAGCCCCAAGAAUCUUUCUUACUUGCAGCAAAGCUGGUGUCCCAUACUAUGCUGUUGCCGUCACUGCCUCGAUCUCAGGUCUUACCUAUCUCUCCGUAGGCAAAGGUGGAUCGGCUAAAGCCUUCGCUUGGUUCCAAAACAUCGUCACCAUCGCCUCUCUCUGGACUUGGGUGUCCAUUUGUAUUGCCUAUAUCCAGUUCCACAAGGCGUUGAAGGCGCAGGGAAUCGAUCGCAAUACGCUCGUCUUCAAGAGCAGAUUCCAGCCAUACACUGCAUGGUUCGCUCUUAUCUACUUCGCCAUGAUUAUCAUCUUCAGCGGCUUCGAUGUUUUCGUUGGCAAGAAUCACUCUCACUGGAGCACGGACACCUUCAUCGCUGCAUACAUUGGUAUCCCAAUCUAUAUUGCCCUUUUCCUCUUCUGGAAGGUCUUCAAGCGCACCAAAUUUGUCAACCCUGCCGAUGCUGAUAUCCAGAGCGGAAAGGCGGCAUUGGAUGCUGAGGAUGCGAACUGGCCAGAGUUAGUUCCUAGGAACUUCCUGGAAAGAAUUUGGUUUUGGAUUGCUUAG